GGAAGAGUUGCAGUUUUGGAAAAGAAGAAGAUUUGGAAAUAAAACCAUCCCUGUCACCCCAUAUGGGUGUUACCUUUGAAGUUAGCCUCUGGGAAUGAAGCUGUAUGGCAGGCGUGUGGUUCAAAGAAUUAUGUGCAGCAGGCAGUGCACAGUGAUGGCCUCAGCAAACUGGAAUUCGGGUUGAAAGGCUGAGGGGUGAUGCCAUGAUUCUGCUGUCUUUGAGGUACAACCUGGGGGACUCCCAAGGGUAUUGCCUGACAAGGGCAUUGUCAAAUCACUCACACUCUCCCUGUGGCCAACAUCUCUCCCUAAACUGUGUUGAUGGAAUCACUGUUACUGACAACGGGCACUGUGGCCGCCAUGUGAGUCCCAGACCACAGGUGUCAUCUGUAUGCCCAUCUGCCCUAUUGUUGAGGGAAGACACGGUGUCAGUAGGAAUAUAAGGAGAGAAGGACUUGGAUGGGACAAAGGCCUGGUAUCUUCUCUGAUGUGGGGAGCAGAGGGAGCAGUGGAUGUGGUGGGUGGUUACGAUGACAGACUUGGAAUCUUAGGAGAGAAGCUGAUCAUGGAAUGAACUGUCUCCAUUGUGACAGGAUAUGGACUUCGAGGAUGUUGCCAUUGUCUUCUCUCAGGAGGAGUGGGGGCUCCUUGAUGAGGCUCAGAGACAUCUGUACUGCGAUGUGAUGCUGGAAGUGUUUGCACUGGUCUCAUCUGUAGGUUGUUGGCAUCAAACGGAUGAUGAGGAGGCCUGUUCUGAGCAGAGUGUAUCUGAACAAGGGGAGUCACAGGUUGGUGCUUCUGAGACAGAGCCAGCAACCCAGAGGACCCAUGUGUGUAAGCGCUGUGUGUCUGUGUUAAAAGACAUUCUGCACGUGACUGAGUCACAGGCAGCAGACUUUGAGCAGAAAGCCCUCUUCAUUGAUGCGUGUGGAAGAUACUUCUCUUUUAAUGCAAACCCUCACCAGCAGCAGAAGGAAGCCAGUGGAGAGAAGCCCUGGAAAGAAGCUGUGGGUAGGGCCUUGUCUGUGACCAGGUGCAGCUUCUACUUAUCAGAGGUGCCUUCAACGAGUAGGGAGCUUGGGGAAGACUUCCUAGCCAUCUCAGAGCUUCUGCAGCACCAGGCCCCUCUUGACACAGAGGAGCCACACAGUGGCAGUGAGAUUUCGCUGGAAUUUCUCGGUGGAGAAAGUUAUCACUAUUGGGAUAAAUGUGAAAAAUCUGCCAGCCAUGACCAGAAGGUUGUUCAACAUCAGGCUGUCUUUUCAGGAGAAAGUACGUAUGAGUGUCACAAACGUGAGAAAAUUUUUAGCCGUAUCUUGAACCUCAAUCGACAGAAAAGCAUUUACGCCGAGGAAAGCCCGUAUGAGGAUAGUGAUUGUGGGAAGCCCUUCAGUCAGAGCUCUAACCGCAGUCAACGCAAGAGGACUCACACUGGGGAGAAGCCUUUCGUGUGCAGUGAUUGUGGGAAGGCCUUCAGUCAAAAGUGUGCCCUCAUUCAGCACCACAGAAUUCACACUGGGGAGAAACCUUUCGAAUGCAGUGAUUGUGGGAUGGCCUUUCGACAAAAGUUUACCCUCAUUCAACACUACCGAAUUCAUACGGGAGAGAAGCCGUACAAGUGUACUGUUUGUGGAAAGUCCUUCAGUCAAAGCUCUUACCUCAGCCUGCACAAGAGAACGCACACCGGUGAGAAGCCUUUUGUGUGUAGCUGUUGUGGGAAGUCCUUUAGUCAAAAGUGUACCCUCAUUCAGCACCACCGAAUUCACACUGGGGAGAAGCCUUACGAGUGUCAUGAAUGUGGGAAAUCUUUUCGGAGCAAUAGUCACCUCUAUUACCACAAGAGAGCGCACACCGGAGAAAAGCCAUAUAAGUGUAGUGAGUGUGGGAAGUCCUUCAUGCUCAUCUCCACUCUGACGGAGCACCAGAGAAUUCACUCCGGAGAAAAGCCAUAUCAGUGCGGUAACUGUAGGAAGUCCUUCAGCCGGAGAUCGAAGCUCAUGGGCCACCUCAGAAUUCACACUGGAGAAAAGCCGUAUGAGUGCAGUGAGUGUGGGGAAUGUUUCCGGUGGAAGCCGAGCCUGGAUAGACAUCUAAGAGUCCACACUGGAGAAAAGCCUUAAAUGUACAUGGGGAUGUUUUCAUCUUUCUCACACUACAACACGGAAGGAGACUCAGACCUGUGAGCCUGAGUAUACACUCCUUUUAUGGGUACGUACACUCUUCUCGCUUCCUCACAAAUCUGAGGUACAAGUGAGGCCUGAAGGAGUUGCAUUGCACUUGCCAAUGUGCCAAGAUCUCCUACCCGAUAGAUGUCACUGCGAGUGUUUGUGGCUGAAACGACCUCACCCGAACAGUGUGCGUCCGUCACCACCCCUGGUGCUCAGGGGAAAGGGAUUCUGUGUCCUCAUUUCUGCUUGAGGAAAUUAUGAUUGCUCCAAGUUCUUGGCAGGAUCGUCAUUCCUUACUCUCUGACUAGGGAAUGGACCCAACCCCAGGGUUCAUCCAGAGCCCCCCCCGUCCUCAGCUAAGAAGAGCCACUUCUCUCAGGGACAUGGUGGGUCUCACCUUUUGUUGUCACGAAUUGUUUCAGCUUUUCAUUCACCAACCUGCACACUGCUUGCUGCACACGGCUCUGGUUUGUGAUGUUAUGGUAACGGUGUUUUUGCUUUGGUACCUUUAAUUUUGUGGGUUCUCUUCACUGCCUGGGGUGAUUUGCAAGCACAGUGGUGACCUGUCGGCAUGGAGAGUUAACAGAUACGGUGGGGGUCCCGAACUGUCUGUGCUUCGGAAGGGACAGCAGAGUGGCAGAAAAUCACUGUUUGUCUAAUAUUGACUUAGUUUGCAUUACUGCCCAAGGCCUGGAAAUAAAGACCACGUGACUUUGUG